UAUGUAUUGAAGUAUGGAUUCGAUGAAAGUAAGCAGUUACAAGCCUCCACCAGAAUUUGAGGAAGAUUCGUCGGAGCAACUUGUCGAUCUUACUGUGUCAGACUCCACGGAGCUUUUCCUUUUUCAAUGGCCUUUUCAUCAACAUCCUGAAAUUAAUGGCAAAGAAUAUACUCUUCAGCUUGGUCCUGACGGAAAGUUGGGCAGUUUUAUAGAUUCUAAUGGAAAAGCAUAUGAUCUUGUUUGCAGUGUAUCACAGGAGCCAGAUGCAAGAGUUAUCUUAUCCUCUGUUUUGGAGUCUAAAUCGAUUUCUGUCUUGAUAGUUGGGAAGAUUUCACGACGAUUUUCCCUUGUCCAUUACAUGGAGCCUGAAGAAUAUGAAACACUCAGUUCUAACAAGAGACUUGUGUAUCAGAAAUCCUCUGGAACCUUGAUGACUAAUUCUUCCAAUCCUUUUGUAACUCCUAUGCAAAGUAAGGGGGCAAAAAUUCAGUCUUGGGGGCGUACUGUCAGCACACAUGAUAGUAGAUAUAAAAGUACUUUCUCUGGAAUCAAUGAACUAUCUAAGCCUUCAAAAAGAAGGCAUGAUCUUGAAUCUACAGGAUCCUUGAACCAGUCGCAUAGUCAUGGGACAAUUCCAUUUUCAGGCUAGUCAGAGCAUAAAAAUGCCCAUGAAUCAACUGGGUCCAUGGACCAGUCUACAAUAGUUUCAGGAAGAGGUGAUGCAUCUACUAUUUCAGGGCCCUCGAAGCGCACUCACAUAGGUAAAUCAAGGAAGAAGGCAAAAACUAAGAGUAAUAUGCUUGACAUUUUCCCUCUUGUUACCCCGAAAAUUCUACUUUCAUUAUUUGUGGUUGAAUUGAUUAUUUGUUGAGCAAGUUCGAGAAGCAUUACCAGAUGAAAAUCCUGAGCUUGAUUUCAUUCUCGACAGGAGGUGUUUAUAACAGUUUUCUUUUUGCUCAAAUUUCUCGCAAGGUUUCCCAUGAAAAGCAAAAAUUCUUAACUCAAGACGAGGUAAAAGAUACCAAGUUCGCAAAAAGAGGACUUGACCUUGCUCCUCAAGGAAAUUUAUGGAUUUGGCCCAAAAAGAAGGAUGGUUUAGGUUAUGACUAAGAUUAAAUCCAGAUUCAUUUGUAACAGCCUUAUAAUUAGUAAGGAAGGUUCUAAUCAGAGUGAAAUUUACCAGAG